AUGUGGGCCCUGCCUUGCCUGGGACUCUGGGGGGGAACCCAGGAGCUGGGUGUUCUUGUCCCAGGUCUUGGGACCUUUGCUGUGGUUCAUGAGCAAAUCAAUGGCAAAGAAGAACUAUAUGUGGUUCGAAGACCUGUGUUCCAGCUGGACAUGGACAUGUCCUGUCUACAGGAGCUGGUUUUUCCAACAGUGAUGAUACCUGGUGACAUCGAGGUCCUGCCACUGGAUUACUGGUGGCUGUCCCAGACCAAUUCACUUCCACCUGAUGUGGUGAGGGGCUGUGUGGAAGAGACCAUUCUUUUGUACUCCUUCCAGCUGAGGGACAGGCAGCGCCCUGCCUUCGCCUUUCAGAAUAUUGGCAUCCUGUCCUGCCUGGACAAUGUCCUGUGCAUGCAGUUCCACCGCAGCUGCAUUGCGGGACUGGAGAGUCAGGACACCUGGGUGGCUCUGCUGCUCACGAAGCUGAAUGUUCUGGGUUCUGGUGUCAAUAAUGGAGUGGCCACUGUUCAGGGAGUGCAGACCCACAUGUUCCCCAGGUUUCAGCUCGCUGUGUCUGAGGAUUUUUCCACUCAACCUACAAAGGCUGCAGAGAAACAGUGGGUCAAAACAGAAGAAAAAGAACAUCCUGGAAACUUUUCCCUCCCUGUACUGCCAUACCAGAGGCCAGGCAUGAGGCAGCAAGAGCCAGGGCCAAAGCCGCCUGCCAGUGUGCUCACCCAAUGCCCAGCCAGCUCUCUGAGGAUGAGGGAGAUCGAUGGGAAGGAGUUAGCUCCUUCAGCCAGGCCUGACAUCACACUCGUGGCUUCUGAGGACUGCCAGAGAGCACUGCAGGAGGUCUGGCAGCUGUCUGCAGAAUGGGAACAUGGGAAUUCACACUGGAGAGAACAGAAGGUGGAAUGGGCAGCGUGGGAAGCCUGGGCUGCUGGGGAGGACCAGCAGAUGCAGCAGGUAUUCGGCAUUGGAGGUGCUUGGGCUCCCCACCGUCCAUCCCAGCUCCCAAGGAAGGGGGUCACUGUGAGGUGGGGGAGGGCUGGAACCCCCCUCCCCACAGAGAAAAUGUCAGAGAGAUUCCAGCCUGGGACCAGACACCUUUCCUCACGAGCCAUCCAGGUGCUCUGUGGGCUGGAGCCACAUCAGACACGGAGGAACAUCUUCAUGUUCUUGGCUGAGAACAACCGGCGGCGGCAGGAGCAGCAGAGGCAGUUCUGCAGCUCCAAGGGCUCGUCCAGCACGUAAAGGGUCAAGGCUGAAGCUGUGGCUGCAGCAGUGGCUGCCGGGGAUGUGGCUGGGAGGCUGCUCACCUGUUGAGGUCCACCUGUGGAUACAAAAUAAAUAAAUA